CAAAACAAAAACAAAAACAAAAGGAAAUUAGAAAAAAGCAAAACAAAACCCAACGCUCAGAGCUCUCUCUCUCUCUCUCUCUCUCUCAAAUUUCUCUGAACCAAACCCUAGCAGCCUGGCUGUUCGUAAUGAUUAUAAGCCUACACAGAUGUCCUAGUGCUUGAAAACCAUCACCAGUUUCACAAAUUUCAAGCGGUUUCUCUCUGAAAGAUUUGGGUUUUCUCGGUUUUGGCGUGUCAGAAGCUCUCGGAAUUCGUGAAUUUUUCCUCGGUGCUAUAUGCGUACGGCCAACCAAUCGGCGACUUUGGAGCAAUUGUACCAUCCAUUCGCUCAUCAGAAUCGGUUCCUCAGCCUAGGGUUUUCUGAUUCUCUCAGGCUAUUUGUAAGGAUCGGUGCGAAGACAAGCGCAGAGGGCUUUUUCUAAUUUCACUGAGAUCUGUGAAAUUUGAUUCGAAUUGCGACGAUCGGCGGAGGAUUGAAUCUGUGGUGGCUCUCGGAACCUAUUUUGAUUCGAAGCAUCUGCUCAAUGAUCGGUUAUUGAAGGAAUUGAAUCGAACCGAAGAGAGGAGAUUGGCGUAUGGUCGGCGAAGAAGCUUCUGAAGAGCUCUCUCUCCCUGUUCUUCUGCGGUGGUUUGAUUGUUCGAUCUCAAUAGAUUAAUCGAAGAAAAAAGAAAACGAAAAGAUCUUCAAUUUUUUUGUACUGUUUGAUUUUUGUUUUUGGGAGUUUAAUACAAGGCCUUUAUAUUUUUAUUGGCCUUUGAUUAUCGUUCUCCUCGGGGCGUUUGUUUGUUCUUGUUGUGGUAUUAUUAUACAUAUUUCUAUUUUUUUGGAAGAAAAAAAAAGUAUUGACCAUGGCGGUGUAUUAUAAAUUUAAGAGUGCAAGAGAUUAUGAUUCAAUUGCUAUGGACGGUCCUUUCAUCUCAGUUGGUAUUUUGAAAGAAAAAAUAUUUGAAUCCAAGCACUUAGGGAGGGGUACUGAUUUCGACCUUGUGGUCACCAACGCCCAGACCAAUGAAGAGUAUCUUGAUGAAGCAAUGUUGAUUCCAAAAAAUACUUCAGUUUUAAUUCGACGCGUACCUGGACGGCCUCGCAUGCCAAUUGUUACUGAUUCAGAGCCAAAAGUGGAAGAUAAGGUGGAAUAUACUGAACCAGAAAGGACUAGCUUUCUGGCAGCUGAUUCAUCUGCCAUGAAAUAUCCUGAUGAGUCAGAUUGGGAUGAUCUUGGAGGUGAUUUGUAUGAAAUUCCUGAAGUCUUGCCAGUGCAGACAAGUUAUCAGGCUCCGGAUGUUCAGCCAACAAAUAAAGCCGAUGAAGAUAGCAAGAUUAAGGCUUUAAUCGACACUCCAGCCUUGGACUGGCAACAGCAAGGUCCUGAUGGCUUUGGUCCUGGUAGAGGUUUUGGCAGGGGUAUGGGUGGAAGAAUGAUGGGUGGACGUGGUUUUGGUCGAGGAGGAGGGGGGUUGGAGAGGAAAACACCUCCACAGGGCUAUAUUUGUCACAGGUGUAAGGUUCCUGGUCAUUUUAUUCAGCACUGCCCUACAAAUGGUGAUCCAACUUAUGACAUAAAAAGAGUGAAGCCACCCACUGGCAUUCCCAAGUCCAUGCUGAUGGCAACCCCAGAUGGCUCAUAUGCAUUGCCAAGUGGUGCAGUAGCUGUUUUGAGGCCAAAUGAGGCUGCUUUCGAGAGAGAGAUUGAAGGUUUACCAUCUACACGGUCUGUUGGUGAUCUACCCCCCGAGCUACACUGCCCGUUGUGCAAGGAAGUAAUGAAAGAUGCUGUGUUAACGAGCAAGUGUUGCUUUAAGAGCUUUUGUGAUAAGUGUAUCCGGAACUACAUUAUGUCCAAGUCAGUGUGUGUCUGUGGGGCUACAAAUACACUGGCAGACGAUCUACUGCCAAAUAAGACACUCAGGGAUACAAUCAAUCGAAUCUUGGAAUCUGGGGGUAACAGUAGUGCUGACAAUGCUGGGAGUACUUUCCAAGUUCAAGAUAUGGAGUCUGCACGCUGUCCACAACCCAAGAUUCCUUCUCCAACUCAAUCUGCUGCAUCAAGGGGAGAAGAACUACAGCUAUCUUUGAAUAAAGAAAUCCCGAAGAUACAGGAAACCGCAGAUGAGGUAAAGCCUGUUGUUGCCCCACAGCAGAUUUUAGAGAAAGUGAGGACUAUAAAAGUGGCUGAUGUAUCUGAAGCUACACAUGAGUCAAUGAGUGUGAAGGAACCAGCAUCGCAAGGGAGUGCUCCACUUGUUGAGGAAGAAGUGCAACAAAGGCUGGCUUCUGGGGAGGCAGGAAAGAAAAGGAAAAAGAAGAAAGUUCGCAUGCCUGCGAAUGACAUGCAAUGGAGAACCUCACAAGAUCUUGCAGCUGAUAACUAUAUGAUGCCUAUGGGCCCCGGUGCUUAUAAUCCUUACUGGAAUGGCAUGCAACCUGGCAUGGGUAUGGAAGGAUAUAUGGCACCAUAUGGUGGUCCUAUGCCAUAUAUGGGUUAUGGACUAGGCCCAUUGGACAUGCCAUUUGGGGGUUUUGGUCCACAGGACUCGUUCGGUGCUCAAGGUUAUAUGAUGCCCAUGGUUCCGCCUCAGAGGGAUUUGGCUGACUUUAGCAUGGGCAUGAAUGGCAUGAAUGGCAUGAAUGGGAUGAAUGGGAUGAAUGGCAUGAAUGGCAUGAAUGUUGGACCCCCUGUCAUGAGCAGAGAGGAAUUUGAGGCUCGAAAAGCUGAUUUGAGGCGGAAGCGUGAAAAUGAGAGACGAGGCCAAACCAGGGAGUUCUCUAAAGAUCGGGAAUUCGGAAGGGAAGUGAGCAGCGGUGGCGGCGAUGGCACUUCUAUGAAAUCCAAAUCUAAGUCAAUUGCUCGAUCACCAAGUCCAGACUACAGCAACAGCCACCAGCAUCGUCACAGACGCGAGAGGUCAUCUCCAGAACGAAGGCCCUCACGUGACCCACGUGACCUGGAGCCACAGCCACCGCGUCCUCCCAAGAGAAAAUCAGACCACCACGACAGAGAUCGCGAACGCGCCCAAGACCGAGAUCGAGGUCGAGACUAUGACGAUUACCACGACCACCACGAGGAUGACCAGCAGCAGCGUCAGAAACGACAUCGUUCUGAUUCGUCCUCUGCAAAACCACCACCUUCCACUGAAACAACAACAGCAUCGGCCAAACCUGCCUCCUCCUCCUCUACGGCAUCAGCUGCAGCAGCUGCCGCAGCGGCGGCGGCGGCGGAGCGCAAGCACAAGGCAAGCGUGUUUUCUCGCAUAAGCUUUCCGGAGGGGGAAGUGAGCAAGAAGCGGGCUCGCGCGGCUUCUCCUUCGGCGACGGAGGAUAACAAGACGUCGUCGGCACAUCAUCACAAGGAGUCGUCUUCGUCGUUGGCAAAUGGAUCGGCGUACGACGAGUAUAAAACGACGUCGUCGUCGACUGCCAAGGCUGGGAGUGGCGGAAGUGGAAGUAGAAAGGCUAUGGUUAGCGCUGCUGCUUCUAUGGAGUAUGAGUCGAGCGACGACGACAGGCACUUCAAGAGGAAGCCGUCGAGGUACGAGGCGUCGCCGCCGCAGAAGGCAGAGCAGGAAGAGCCCAGGCACUCCAGAGGCAGCACCAGGGAUCAUCGGGAUCGCAGGCAUAGAUAGAGAGAGAGAGAGAUCAGAUAAGAGUAGAUCAGAAGAAGAGAUCAAACAGUGGGCCUCAUUGGCAAUUUGCUGUUUUUUUGUUUUGCUCUUUUUCCCUCUCUCUCUCUCUCUCUCUCUCUUCUUUUGGGCCGUGGAGGUGAUUGUAUCACUGUAUAUGUUAGAGGCCCAUGGGCCACGGGAGCAAUUGCUUGCUUGUUCCUGCUUUAAAAUUGAAAUUUGAUAUUUUUGUUUAA